UGUCUGUCUGUUUGUCUGUGUGUGUGUCUGUUUGCUGCCUGCUUCUCUCUUUGUCUGUCUGUCUCACACUCUCACUCUCUCUCUCUACCUGACCCAUUGACCACAAACACCUUUACAAUACUGCCCAGCGUGUUGCCAACCAGUAGCGUCCACCAGGAAACAACACUCUUCCCUCUAUAACACCAAGAAAACAGCGCCAGGACUCACGACAAGGCUCCUUCCACUCAUAAGACGCUUACUUUCAACUGAACUCGCUCUGGACGCCUUGUUGCAACCACUACGGACGCAAUGAACCAGCCACGCCGAUGGACCAGGGGAAAGAGGGCAUAUGGGUGAGAGAGGGAGGUAGAGAGAGACGGGGACGGGCGGGCCUUUCUACCUUCGGCCAGCCCGCGAGGCCCAACCAACGCGGUACGCCGACCACGAGCUCUCAACGCCACUCAGUACGGCUCGAGCUUCCGCAGUGAUAAGAAGCGAGUUGUUUGGUGAAGGAGGAAAAUAUUACAGAAAGCAUACCUGUCGAUUAUGUGAAAGAACUUAUACCCUUUUUGAUUACUAAUUCAAAAAAGUUAAGUGGCAAGAUUAUAUGGUUUGAAGACUUCCCAAAUACUAAAUGUGGACAGUUUUAAAUGAUUUUAUAAGUGUAAUUGGCAAAAAAGAAAAUCAGGUCCACGGUAUAAAGUGAAAAAAGUGACUUAUAGCAUCCUAGAGAAAUUAUGAAAAGUGGUCGAAAUAGUCAAGUGGAAAAGAGAGUUAACUUCCCUUAGACUUUAAUUGACUGCUUCUAAUGAGCGAGUGAUUGGUGGUGACGAAAACUUCAACCUUAUAAAUCUUCCAUAAAAACUUGCGUCCUACUGUGAACUGCCUCUGGAUUUAUUAGUGAAAUGAAGCUGAGGGUAAGGCGGUGAACAGCGAGGAGUGAGUGACGCCGCGUGCCAGGCUGCCGCGUCCUGUUGGGUGUGUCCUGUAAGACUGUGCCGGACAAGAAUAGGAAAACAGUUACCUGCCUAUCUCCUCAAUCAUGAUGGUACAGCUGUGGCUGCUGUGGGCGGCAGUGACCGUGGCGGCGGCGACUCUGGGCGCCGCGCCUACCGGCUCCUGCCCUAACGUAUGCUUCUGCCCGCUGGACAUCCGCGGGAGGCCGCAAGUCCUGUGUACCAUAGGCGGCCUGCAGGACCCGCUGCCCGUGCUCGAGAUGCCUGAGGACAUGGAGGUGCUGGAGGUGGGCGCCCCGCCUGACCGCCCCAACACCCUCACGCUGGGGCCCAUCUUCAAGAGCCACCGGCAUCUGGAGCACAUCAGCGUCACCAUGUCCAACGUGCCCGCCCUCGGCGCCCACUCCUUCUGGGGUCUGCGUAGCCUGCACACCCUCAACGUGUCUCACAACGCCCUCACCGCCGUCAUGGACAGCAACUUCCGCGGCGCCGUCAGCCUCCACACGCUGGACCUGAGCCACAACCACGUGGAGUCCGUGCCGUCCGCUGUGUUCCGCUACGUGUCUCACCUGCGGCACCUCAGCCUCGCCCACAACCGCCUCCCGGAGCUCGUGGCGCGUGUGUUCUACGCCCUCGAGAACCUCAUGACUCUCGAUCUCAGUCACAACCCUCUCGGUAUUUUGCCUCAUGACCGUUUCAAAGACGUUCCGCGUCUGCGUGAGUUGCGCUGCGCAGCGUGCGGCCUUCAGAUGCUUUCAGAGGAACUCUUCAAGGUGCUUCCAGAGCUGACCUUACUGGACAUUCGCCGAAACAGGCUGACGGUGGUGCCGCGACUGGCACCUGCCAAGAGACUAGCCACUUUGCACCUAGACGGCAACCACAUCACUGUGCUGGCCACUGGAGGCUUGGCGGGACCACCACUUACCACCCUCACGCUUGCCCACAACCGCCUGGCCUCUCUCGAGCCUCACGCCUUCGCAAAUUCAAGUUUGGUCCAUCUAGACUUGGCCCACAAUCGUCUAACACGCCUCCGCUCAGACGCAGUGAAUGACGGCUUCAGCCGUGUACGACGCCUUCGGCUGUCCGGCAAUCCUCUUAGACUGGAGAACCUGGAGCAGGUGGUGCCCCGCACGCGGCAGAUGCGGCACCUGGAGCUGGCCCACUUGGGUCUUACAGCAGUGCCUGCCGACAUGCUGCGUCACGCACGCCACCUCAAGACACUCAACAUAUCUUCUAACCUUCUCUCAAAAUUUCCAGCCUCGGCACUCUUCGCUACGCCGCACCUCGCCGUCCUCGAUCUGUCCCACAACAACUUCCGCGGGCUGCCACACGCCCUCGUGACGGCCUUCACCACCAUGAGCUCAUUGGAGCGGGUGUGGCUGCAGGGCAACCCCUGGCGGUGUGAGCAGUGCCACCUGGGCCCCAUGCUAGCCUGGCUACAGGACGCCGCCGACUCCAGGCACCCCCACGCAGAGGUGGUGUGCAGAAACCACCCCACCUCCCCGCGCUGCCUGCGGUGCGCCGGACCGCCUCAGCUGUAUGACCAGAAAGUGCAGCUACUGAACCCCGCCCACCUGCCGAAGUGUGCGGGGCAAGAGGACGUGUGGCCAGGGUGGCAAGAGAACUCCCCGCGCCCAACCCGCGACCAGCAUGCAACCCUGCCCGUGGAGGAGCCCAUGCCGGUGCUGGACCUGUUCGGCGACCACCUGGCGCUGAUCGUGGGCGUGGGCGUGGGCCUGGUGCUGGCCCUGCUGCUGGUGCUGGCCGCCGCCCUGCUGCUCGCCCGCCGCCACUCGGCUCUCUACUACACCAACGAGCCCGCGGACCAGGACUCCUCACAGAAGCUGAUGAGCCGCAACAACAACGACAACAGUCCUCCGGGGCCCCGCACCGCCACGCCGCGCGCCUCCCGGUCCUCUCCGCCUGUCAUCGCCACCAUCGAGGAAGUGGACAGCAUAGCGGGCUCGAGCAUGGACCUGCAGUCGGGGCGGGAGCUGAGGGCGCCGCGGAUAGUGCGUCUGGUGGCCUCCCCGCUCCCCUAAUCUUUCGGCCUGACAGGUGGCGAAAGGUAUACACGGGCCAGGUGGGCGAUGGGCCAAGUGAGGGAGGAGAGUCACCCUUCAGCCGCGUGCAACUUGACCUCGCGUGCGCAUAAGCCACAAGAGACCAAACACCCCUGUGAGGCCGCUGCUGUCCUCCCUCCUCCCCUUGAACACCACAACACACGCAGCGCCGUCUGGGAGGCCUCGUGCUCGCGUGGCAUGACCCGCCCCGCCCACGACACCCUCACACACGUAGGCCAACCUUGUCUCACGUUACGCAGGUGUCGUGUUGUACAUUCACUUACACACCCAUAGAGUCGCACCUCACGUGAGACAGCUGACUCACUCCCCCAACCUGUAUGUAAGACUAAUGCAAUGAGUGUUGAGCUGCGAGACGUUCUCAAAACCUCUACUGGAAUGAAAGACACAGCAGCGUGGAUGAGAGAGACACACCAUUUGGUUGUAUGUGAUUAAAUGAACUACACGUCAAAACUUUUCGCUCUCUGUGCUACACGGACUAAAAAAAAUCAUUGACGAGGUGAGACAUGACUGAGAGAAGCAAACAGAAGGACGUAAAGUAGGUCGGUGUACAUAUUCGCAUUCUUGGUGUCGUGUGUCUCAGAUAGUGUGAAGCUAAGCGUAAAUAAGUGCAUUAAGUACCGUCCCAUUAAGUGCGCAGGACAAGGGGAAGACCACGCAGUUCACGGUCCCGUCCUGAUGCAAGAACAAACCAGAACCUUCCCUUGAAUCUCUUCCAGGUUAAACGACUGCUUCCUAUAUGCGAUAACUCCCGUUUUCUUGGGAGUGACUAACGCAAGAGCCGUAGGUAGAUAGACACUUACUCUGUGCUUUGUAUAUACAUUUUUAUGAGCUGGUAUGAGACGCCUGUAAGCUUGUUCAUGGUUCCUCUUCUUCCUUUUACUCCUUCUAUACCUUCUGCCGUUCAUCGUUUUUUGUCUUUUUUUAUUCUUCCUUAUUUUUCUACUUAUUCUUGUUCUUAUUCGUCUUCUUCUUCUUCUUGUUCUUCUGCUUCUGUUUCCACGUCUUCAUCUUCUUUGUCUUCUUUGUCUUCUUCUUUUUCUUCGUCUUCCCUAAACUUAAGUCGAUGUUCAGUUUUCUCUCGUGUGCUUUGUGUAUUUCUUUCGGUUAAGUCUUCGUAGAGAGUCAGGAGAUGUAAUGCCAGUUAUUUUUCGUUACGCCGCUGCUUCUUUUGUAUGUAUAAAUAGCGUCUAGUUUUCUAUUUGAAGUAGUGUAAAAACAUAAGAGACUACGUAGAUGAUAAGACCGUUGAGGGGGUGUUAAUACUUUUAGGGAGGUAUUACAAGAUACUCACACUCACAUUAUCUAUUUCUAAAGGUCAAAGAGGGGGUCAAUCGGGUUCUAAUGAGUGUUUCUACAGGUUCAUGGUACAGAGGAAGGGUCACACUAUCACCAGGGUCAUAGAACUACUCCUGGAAAUGCCCACAACUCCUACGAAAGCCCUGUCAAAUUAGUGUUCUUGGGCGAUGAAAUGUCUUAUAAUCGAUCAGUGACAGCCUUCACCCUCAUGUUGUCAACCGCAUAAUAAUGAAAGCGACGGCAGGAGGCGAAGUGUCCCUACUGACGAUUUAACUAAUAACGAAGUGCUGUCUGUAUCCUCUCUUCUGUCCAUGUGACUAAUCCUAACAGUUCUUCAAUGAAAUAAAUACAGUACUCAACUUUCUCUCUGUCUGUCUGCCUUUCUGUCUGUCUGUCUGUCUCUCUUUCUGUCAGUUCGCCUAUCUAUCUGUCUAUCUAUUUCUCUCGUGAACACUCAAAACCUAUUGAAAAUUGUUCCCUAAAGAUAUCAGAAACUUCAAUAGUGUUAAUCAUCCUCUCUUUAACCUCAUCUUUUAAAAACUGCUACAAACUGCUAAGGAAAAUCUAAUGCAUUUUCCUACACUAACCAAAUCGCCAUCUCUCCAUCUCUCUUCAUUUCACCUCCACCAUCAAGCGUUCUUCCCUGUCUCCAAAUGUUCUUUAUCUUCACUCCCUUUCCCCGCUGUCCCUUUCUCCACCCAUCCUAAUCUGCCUCUUUAUCUCCUCUUCCUCCAUAUGCACCUGAAUACUCGUUAGUGUAUCGAAAGCACAACAAAAACACACGCCCUCUACGAUAACUAUUUCAGGCGGAGCGAUUUCUCGGCCCAACCAUGCAAGGGAUACGAGGGGAUGGGCAAAAAUGGGCUUCUCUCCUCCUCCUCCUCCUCUUCCUCCUCCUCCUCCUCCUGCCCCCCACCGCCCCUGGAACAUAAGCUGUGAUACUAAACUUUUGUAUCUUAACUUAGGUUUUGUAUAAAGGAAUAAACUGUGCUAAAUUCAA